AUGGUCAAAUGCGAUAAGUGUUCUAAGCUAAUCAACAAAAAGAGCCCUGGUAUACAGUGCAAUAAGUGCUUGAAAUGGUUACAUAGUGCUUGUGCGUCAAUAUCCACGGAACAGCUGAAUGUAUUGUACACUACGGACUGUGUCGACUGGAAAUGCCGCUUCUGUGCCGGGAAUUCGCAGUCAAAGCGUAUAUCCUGCAUCAUGCCCGAUACGGAGGAUGACAAUAAAAUAGUCACGGAAAUAUCCCAUAACACCGUUACUCAACAAAUACUGUCUGAUAUUCGUCGCGAAGUUCGAGAAAUUAUUCGCAACGAAUUGCAAAAUACCCUGCAAUUCUACUCGGACAAAAUAGAUGAAUACGAACAGAAAAUUACGGAUUAUGAGAUUGCAAAUAAACGUAUCGUAAACCAAUGCACAGAUUUACAAAACAAAUGUAAAAACUUAGAUCUAAAGAAUGAAGUGCUUGAACAGAGAAUUAAUCAUCUCGAACAAUCGAAACUGGCUAAUGUCAUUGAAAUAUGUGGUGUGGAGGAAAAAGAAAAUGAAAAUACGAAAGCUAUUGUAAAUACUAUCUGUAAUAAGCUACAACUAAACCCAGAAAACGUUAUGAGUGCAUACCGCAAAAAAAAAUCCAAAACAAUAGCGAGCGCAAAAAAUACUCAAUCCGUUAUUACAGUUAGCCUACGGGAGGGAUGCAGCGAUCAGUGGUUUGACGCCUCAAAAAACAUGUACAUUAGAGGCACUGAUAUAGGUAUGGCAGAGAAUAAUAAGAUAUACAUCCGUGAACCACUAACACCCAUUACAUCUUAUCUGCUUUGGAAAACCAAACAGGAAUUAAAAAUUAAAGACCUGUGUAAGUUUGUGUGGUGUAAAAAGGGCACAAUAAUGGUACGUAGAGAGGAAAAAGAGAAGAUGUACAUAGUGAGAUCCGAAAAGGAUAUUGCUAGACUAUCAGCACAGUUUAAGACAGACUGA